UCCUGGACAGCAGAUGAAAUCGCAGCAUUGUGCUACCGCCAUUACCGGACCGGGUUACCCAAACAAGGCCAGCCGGACCCGAGCAGAGAAUGGACGCUGCUGGCGGCUGUCGUACAAGUGGACGGUGCGCAGGGGGCAGCUUGCACCAAGAAAGUCGUUGCCUUGGGAACCGGGACAAAAUGUAUCGGCCAAUCAAGAUUGAGCAAAACAGGUGAUAUUCUCCAGGACAGCCAUGCAGAGAUAAUUGCAAAGCGAAGUUUUCAGAGGUACCUCCUCCAUCAGCUUGCCCUGGCAUUGGAGAGUCAAGACAGCGUCCUCGUUCCUGGAAGUGAGAGCCGAAAGUGGACCAUGAGAGCCGGGGUCUCCUUUGUGUUCUUCACCAGCCACACACCUUGUGGUGAUGCAUCCAUCAUCCCCAUGAGUCCCCCAGAAGACCAGCUCUGCCCCACUUCCAUUGUUUCACAGAAGACAUCACCGGUCAUCAACUCUUUAAAUUCGGGGUGUAAGAGGAAGAUGGUGGACUGUGAUCCUUCCUGGGGCACCAAGAGAGUGAAACAAGAAGGAGUGGAGAGUAGAGAUGAGUCACGUGACCAGGAAGAAGGUCGCAAUGCACCUAAAGCGUCGGAUAUCUACAGGACAGGAGCCAAGUGUGUGCCUGGGGAAGCCCAGGAUAGUCGCAACCCGGGGUGGACUAUCACACUGUGGGGGUGCUCCGUGUCAAGCCAGGCCGAGGCGAUCCCACUCUGUCCAUGUCCUGCAGCGAUAAGAUGGCCCGAUGGAACGUGCUCGGCUGCCAGGGGGCGCUACUUAUGCAUUUUCUGCAACAGCCCAUCUACUUUGCAUCGCUUGUGGUUGGAAAGUGUCCACUCAGCUUGGAGGCAAUGGAGAGGGCUCUGCACGGCAGGUGCGCAAAAGUGACGGCUCUCCCAGAAGGAUUUACAGCGCAUGCAUUGGAGAUCAGGCAAUCACAUGUACAGUUCCUCCAUGGGAGGGAGGCGCUGAGAAACGGAGACCACUCAAAAAAACUGGUUCCUUGUGGGGCAGCCAUCAGCUGGAGUGCAGUUCCACAACAGCCUCUGGAUGUCACUGCUAACGGCUACAGACAGGGAACAACGAAGAAAGCCAUUGGAACCCCGCAGUCCAGGUCUCGGAUCUGUAAAGUCGAGUUAUUUCACAUAUUCCGCGUUCUAGUGGAAGGUCUGUCCGAGGAUCGGCUUCCAGAGUCACUCAGAUCUGGGGAACUGAAUACAUAUCGGGAUUACAAGGAAGCGGCUGUGUCCUACCAGGAAGCCUGGAAGCAAUUACGGGGAACGGGCGUUUACCUCCUGGAUCCGGACUCCUCGUGAUUACCUGAACUUCAGCUGA